GAUUAUGGCCAUGAAAGGCCUGCCAUAGAUGUGGGCGAAAUGUCAGGAGAGAGUGCUUCUGGGAUUCGGCCAUACAGCCCGGGAAGCUCACAGCAACCCAAUGAUUAUGGCCAUGAAAGGCCUGCCAUAGAUGUGGGUGAAAUGUCAGGAGAGAGUGCUUCUGGGAUUCGGCCAUACAGCCCGGGAAGCUCACCGCCACCCAAUGAUUUUAGCCAUGAAAGGCUUCGACCACACUUUUAUUCGGUGUUCUUUUCUUCCUCUGGGUCCUUUCUUCCUUCCGUCCUUCCUUCCUUCCUUCCUUCCUUCCUUCCUUCCUUCCUUCCUUCCUUCCUUCCUUCCUUUUCCCCCCUCUUUCUCCCUUCUGCAGCCCUUUCCUCCCAAAACAGCUCAUUCAAAUUCUCCUUGUCCUUCCUUUCCUGCAGUUCGUUUUCUCCUUUUCCAUCCUCUGUUCCUCUUCGUGCCACUUUCCCUCCACCUCUCUGCUUCACCUUCUAUUGUUCCCCAGGAUUCUUUCUUUUUUUGCACCUCUUUUUUGCAAACAUGCAUUCCUGUUCAAAGUAUUUUAGAAAGGAAUGGAAGAAGAUGGGGUCUUAAAAAUGACUUUGGAUGGUGCAUGUGUGGGGUUCCUUGCAAUGCAGAGGUCUGGGUUAAAUUAUAUAAGGUUACUAGCUGUGCCCGGCCACGCGUUGCUGUGGCAAAGACUUUAUUUUUCUUUUCUUUUUGUUGUAUGAACGUAGAGGCAUGGAUGAGAGGUUGUGCUGUCAAUUUUCGAGGUUGUGGGGCGUUUAGUUUAGUUGUUUUGUCCGGUGCCGUGAUUCCAUUACCCUUUUAUAUAUAUAGAUGCAUGUUUAAAAAGUUGCUGGGUGAUGUCAGUCCACCGAAGGAUGACUUUGUUCUGCGUUAUCAAUCGGGGAGUCCUUUGGGGACGAAAAAUCCACACCAUGCUUUUCAGUGAUCUGUGUGGGUGCUAAUGGCUUCUUCCGUACCUUAUUAGUAUUUUCUAAAGAGAGUGUGAAAAUAUAAAAGAAUGAUAACCGGUUGGCAUCAUUUGCUGACACUGAAAGGGUCCAAGCAUGCAUUUGCAAUGAGCGUUGUGUAAGAGUGGGUGACCAGUUUUCCUCCCCGCGUCCCCGGUCCUCGCUCUCCGUUUGUGUCUUUGCGUUUUGCACAAGGUUGUGCCGCCCCACUUCCACCCUCCUCUUUCCUCCCGUGUGCUUGCGUGUCGCGUUUGCACAAAACGCUUUCUGCGAACCGUUCUGCAUUUGGAUGUAUUGCGCCGGGAAUGCCGUUGAGGGGGUUUCGGUGUGAAUGGUGUGAAAUCUGUAUUGUGUGGACACAAAAGAAAGGAAGAGGCCGAGGAUAGGGACGGAGAGAAGGAGAGACUGAAAACAGGCGCAAGAUCGCUGUCUUUGUUCAAGACCGUUAGGUUUGGCUGCUGUUCCAAAAAAAGAUGCUUCUGUGGGUCUUUCUGGUGUUGUCCAGCCCAGCGUCCUCUUCCGAUCCAGAGACUGACGCAUCCGUGGAAAUUUGCAAUGUUUGCUCCUGUGUCUCGGUGGAAAAUGUACUUUAUGUCAACUGUGAAAAGGUUGCCGUCUACAGACCGAAUCAGCUGAAGCCUCCGUGGUCGACGUUCUAUCACCUCAAUUUCCAGAAUAACCUCCUCAUCAUCCUGUAUCCAAAUACAUUCCUGAACUUUACUCACGCUGUCUCCCUGCAGCUGGGAAACAACAAAUUGCAGAACAUUGAAGGAGGAGCUUUCCUGGGCCUCAGCGCAUUGAAACAGUUGCACUUGAACAACAAUGAAUUAAAGGUCCUCCGAGCUGACACUUUCCUCGGCAUCGAGAACUUGGAGUAUCUCCAGGCCGACUACAAUUUAAUCAAGUAUAUCGAACGGGGAGCCUUCAAUAAGCUCCACAAGCUGAAGGUCCUCAUCCUGAAUGACAAUCUCAUCGCCUUCCUUCCGGAUAAUAUUUUCCGGUUUGCGUCUCUGACCCACCUGGAUAUACGUGGGAACCGGAUCCAGAAGCUGCCCUAUAUCGGGGUCCUGGAGCACAUUGGGCGCAUCGUGGAGCUGCAGCUGGAGGACAACCCGUGGAACUGCACGUGUGACCUCUUGCCGUUGAAGGCCUGGCUGGAGAACAUGCCCUACAACAUCUACAUCGGAGAGGCCAUCUGCGAAACGCCCAGCGACCUGUACGGGAGGCUUUUGAAGGAGACCAACAAGCAAGAGCUGUGCUCCAUGGGGACGGGCAGUGACUUUGACGUCCGCAUCCUGCCCCCGUCGCAGCUGGAGCCGGGAUACAGCACCCCCAACGGACACACCACGCAGACCUCCGUCCACCGAUUGGUCACCAAACCUCCCAAAACCACCAACCCGUCCAAGAUCUCGGGCAUCGUGGCGGGGAAAUCUCUCUCGAACCGCAACCUCAGCCAAAUCGUGUCCUUCCAGACCCGAGUGCCCCCGCUGACCCCUUGCCCGCACCCCUGUGUCUGCAAGACGCACCCGUCGGAUUUGGGAUUAAGCGUCAAUUGUCAGGAAAGGAACAUCCAGUCCCUGGCCGAGCUGGUCCCCAAGCCGCUCAACGCCAAGAAGCUGCACGUGAACGGCAAUUACAUCAAGGAUGUCGACACUUCGGACUUUGCCGAGUUUGAAGGGCUGGAUUUACUCCAUCUGGGCAGCAACCGGAUCGUGGCCGUCAAAGGGGAGGUUUUCCGCAACCUCACAAAUUUGCGGAGGUUGUACCUGAACGGCAAUCAGAUCGAGCGGCUGAGUCCGGAGAUGUUUGCCGGCCUGCACAACCUCCAGUACCUGUAUUUGGAAUACAAUGUCAUCAAGGAGAUUUUGGCGGGCACCUUUGACCUGAUGCCCAACUUGCAGCUGCUUUACCUGAACAACAACUUGCUGAGGAGUCUGCCGGCCUACAUUUUCGCCGGGGCUCCCUUGGCUCGGCUGAACCUCAAGAACAACCACUUCAUGUACCUGCCGGUGAGCGGCGUCCUCGACCACCUCAAAUCCCUGACCCAGAUCGACCUGGAAGGCAACCCUUGGGACUGCACGUGUGACUUGGUGGCUCUGAAGCUCUGGCUGGAGAAACUCAAUGAUGGCAUCGUGGUGAAGGAGGUCAAGUGCGAGACGCCGGUGCAGUUUGCAAACAUCGAACUCAAGUCUCUCAAGAACGAGAUCUUGUGCCCCAAGCUCUUGAAGUCGGCUUUUUUUACCAGCCCUGCGCCCGUGGUUACAUUCACAACGCCUUUGGGUCCCAUCCGGAGCCCUCCGGGAGGCCCGGUUCCCUUGUCUAUCCUCAUCCUAAGCAUUUUAGUGGUGCUGAUUUUAACCGUCUUUGUCGCGUUCUGCCUUCUGGUCUUUGUUCUCCGCCGCAACAAGAAACCCUCCGUGAAGCACGAAGGGCUGGGGAACCCGGAGUGCAGUUCGAUGCAGCUGCAGCUCCGGAAACACGACCACAUGUCGAGCAAAAAGGACACUCUGGGUGCCGAGGCCUUCAUCCCGCAAACCAUCGAGCACAUGAGCAAAAGCCACUCGUGCGGCUUGAAGGAAAUGGAGACGGGCUUCACCUUUUCCGAGCCGCCGGGGCAGAAAGUCAUCCUGAGGAACAACAGCGACAAGGACAAAGAUUUAUUGCACAUGGAUCCCAGGAAAAGACUGAGCACCAUCGACGAACUGGACGAGUUGUUCCCAGGGCGGGAUUCGAACGUCUUCAUCCAGAAUUUUCUGGAAAGCAAAAAGGAAUACAACAGUAUAGGGGUCAGCGGCUUUGAGAUUCGCUACCCAGAGAAACAGCAAGACAGGAAAAACAAGAAAUCUUUAAUAGGGGGGAACCAUAGUAAAAUCGUAGUCGAACAAAGAAAGAGUGAGUAUUUUGAAUUGAAAGCUAAACUUCAGGGCACGCCGGACUACUUACAAGUUCUUGAGGAACAAACGGCUUUGAAUAAGAUCUAGGUCAUGCAAUCUUAUUUCCUACAGAGGACAUUUAUUUAAUGAUGCAAGUGCCUUUUGUUGACUUUUCCGUUCCAAAUAUGAUAUCCUACCCGUGGGCCUAGAGGCAGGGGAACCGAGGGUUUGUGAUAGAUACAACUCCGGUUCAAAAUAGGUGCCGUUUCACCAAAACUUUUGCCCAGUGGAAAUCCUGUGGGGAUCCUGCGAGACUAUGGCCAAAAAGUGUUGCUUUAUAUACACAUAUCUCACUGAAUUUAACCUCAAGAGGCAUAUAUGUUUUGUACCUUAUUGGCAAAACUUUACUCUCCUUGUGAUUUGUUCGAGCCAAGGCACAAGGCGAAAUUUUUGGGGGGUGGGUGGGGAGCAAAAGAGUUCCGAAAGAAACUGAUCCGCGAGUGCUUGUGUGUCUCAAAUGGUCAUCCAUCGGCUUUUGGAUUACAUGUGGUGGUCGAACUGGAGCGAGUCAAUCCCCAUGGUGUGUAGUGUUGUAAGCAGCACUGUUUUAGAGCUUACCCAAAACCAUGUUUUUACAAAAAUCAAAACAAAAAAAAAGCAUGCAAAAAGAAAGAACAUCCGAUAGUACGUGUAAAAUCCGAUUACCUUUAAUGGCCUGCAUCUUGAAACCCGCUGGAUUUAUAAAAUGUUAAAUUGUGCAGAAAUUCUUUUGUUUUGAGAGAAAAAAAAAUGCCAUGCAUUUGCAUCCCUAGGAAUCAAUUCGACCGUAUUGACGCAUACCAUGAAUCGGCAUUACAAUGGAACCAAUCAGCUAACCAACCCACGACGAUGACGAGAAGCAAAUACAUUUUUUUAAAAUGGCAGCAUUCAACGUGAUGAGAAAAGAAAAGAAAAUAUAUAUAUAUAUUUCACUGUAAGACUACUUUAUGGCUUCUUUACCCCUGUUAAACCCAUUCUCAGUGACGUGAACCUUCUCUCAACCCCCCAAAGGUUGUCUCAGAUUUUAAGGAAAAAAAAGAAUUUGCUUGCUGUGUGAGCGUUUCAGAAAUUAUUUUUGUAAUAUAAUUCAUAUUUAUGAAAUACUUUGUAUACUAAAUAGGGGGAAAAAUUAUGUACUCCUCAAUAUGUAUUUAAAUAUGCCUGAUUUGUUUUCCUGGUCACAGAGGUGCAUUAAUCAUUCAGUAUAAUUUAAAAAAGCAAAACAAAAACAACAGAAGAAGGCGAAGGAACAAUAUACCAAACAGAAACUGUUGACGAAAUGUAUAGAUUUAUCCAAGAGUCAAUGUGAUCAGGUCUAAGAAUAAUAAUGAUGAUGAUAAUAAAAUUAUGUUCUGUA